AUUGAAAAUAUGACAGGAAACAAGCAUAUGUUUCAUCCCGCAUUGAACGUCGAUCUGUUAGUUGAAGAUAAAAACAGGUUGGCACUGUACAAGCCGAAUUUGUCCCAUUUUUGUGCGUGGCCUGACCUGUUUUUUCUGAGAAGCUCACCCUUCAAUUUGACAGGAGGGGACCUGCCCACUGCCAGAAUCGAGGCCACAAAAAUUGUGUCUGUCUCACAUGUCCACAUCUUGGAGAAAGCAGGAAAACCGGAAAUUGAGAUCCACUCAAUGAUACAACUACCAAGGAAACUAUCUUACAGUCAGACAUACCACUUCAACG